AUGACUCAUAAUUUCAAUAGUUGCUUUUCGCAGAUAUUCGGUGACCAGGAUGCCACUAUAAGCACAAAAUUAGACGAGUAUGACCCGAUCUCGAACUGGGCGCCGAUUCCAUAUACCGCCGGCGCCGCUUAUUAUGCCACAGCUACGCUAGAGGCAGAUUUUCACACAGUGAGCUCUUCCGGUCGUUAUAUUGUAGUCAUCAGUGGCAGCAACAAUGGCUCCGCUUACAGCUUCGUUCCCGCAUAUAAUUCAGCCGAAAUAAAUGCCAGCUCCAUUGGAAAGGAAUUUGUGCUCAUUUUCCCGCACAACAGCGAUGGAAAUUCGUCUAGGCUGCCAGAAAUAAGUGUGGAUUUGAUCAAUCCGAACUCCAUAAACGUUACCGUCCAAAUCCUCGAAAGAAGAAGCUCUACUCCAAUAGCGCAAAAUGUGAAAGUCCCGCCUCACUCUGUUGUGAAGUACCAAUUUGACGCAUCGACCUAUACGAAGCUCUGCGCCGGCAAAGAUUCAUUUGUGCGUUGUCCAGAUACAUCUAUAGCGAUUCAAAGCAGCGAUCCUAUAUCAGUGGUGGCACAUAAUUAUCUCAGUGGAGUUGCCGGCGAUAGCUACACUGGUUUGUGA